AUGAAUUUCAGCUUAGACGAAAUGAGAAAGGAAUAGAUUGAAGAUAUGAAAAAAGUAAGAUCAAUUAAAAAAUAAAUAUAACAUGAUAUUGAGAAAUUAAAAAGUGAAAUCUAAUUAAAAAUUACAUUUGAGUACUCUAAGAAUAAAAUCUAGAAGAUGUUUUGGAAAGAAAAGAAAAAAGAUUAUAAGAGGAAACAAUUUUAAGAAGAGAAACAUAUUAAUAAAGAGUAUUAAAUUUUUUAUAAAAUCGUUAAUAAUUAUAGAGAUUAUAAUCAUAAUAGAUUUUAUAGUAGACAGAGUGCAAGAUUUAAAAAAUAUAAGGAGUUCUCAUGA